AUGUCCCGCAAAAAGUGGUUUAAUUGGCUCGUUGACCUGCUCGUCGGAUGUGAAGUCGAGUCAAUGUCUCUGUUUAUUUCGAUGAUAUUUGGUAUAAUUUCAAUGGCAUCUGGCACUCUUAUUUUGAUUUCUCCUCAGAUCAACGUAACGAUUGAGAUGGAUGAUGCGGAAGCCUCAUUUGGUGCCCCAAUUACUGACGAAUCGCCCCUGGGUAAAAUAUCGACGAGCGACCCACCUUUGGCUUGCUCAGCUGUGCAAUCACCUCCCAACGAAACAGAUGUGUUUUUUGCAUUAGUUGAUCGGGGAAACUGUACAUUUGCUGAAAAAGUUUUGGCUGUGCAGAAUGCCAAGUAUUUUGGUGCCAUCAUAGCCAAUGUUGAAAGUGAUUACGUAUUUCCGAUGGGAUCGGACGAAAAGUUAGAAAUAACCAUUCCAUCCAUCAUGGUUGGUCGUACAUCAGGAGAGGCCAUACGCAAUCACUAUCUCUAUAAUUCGGGGGCGCGCAUGAAACCCAAUCGAGGAACAACAAUCGAAUACUAUUUAGUUCCUUUGUUGAUUGCGCUUUCUCUGGCAUUUUUGGCGAUCAUAAUUUCCUUAGCAGUACGCGUUUUUCGAACUUGUAUGCGUCAGUCGAAGAAUAGGCUGAGUCGAGAAAUCCUCAACAAGCUGCCAGAGAUUCGUUUUUCAGAAGAUUACCAAAAUCUAUAUGAAACGUGCGCAAUUUGUCUGGAGGACUACACGAUGGGCGAUAAAUUAAGGGUUCUGCCUUGUCAUCAUGCCUAUCAUAGUAAGUGCGUUGAUCGGUGGCUGCUUCGACGACAGGGCUCCUGCCCGGUGUGCAAAUAUCGUAUUCACCGUAACCACGAUGAUCUGGAAACCGAUAAUGAGGAGAAUCGCGCCGAUGGAGGAGGCGAUUACGAAGACGUGGCAAACGAAGGUGGUGUCGAAUCAGCAAAUGCACAGAAUAUGACGACCGGAAAUUCGGCUAUUGGGGUCCUACAAACUGCAUAUUCGGUUCCUUUGAAUAAUACAGAUGCCGCUUCAGGCGAUUUUGAUGCUGAAUACGAUGAGAAUGACGGUGUUGCUCCCCUUUUAAGCAGGUCUGCACCUGUCGCGUCAUGGCUUUCUGGAGGUCUGUUGCCCUCUCGGGGUACCACCUGGCUUGGAAAUGACAAUCCGGCGUUCGAAACCACCUAUGAAGGUGAGGAAUCCGCACCGCCGUCGGUAGCAGAAGGGGAUCAUAGUGCCACGGUUUCUUUUCGAACUUCCAAGUGUUCACUCCCACAGCCGUCCGCAAACAAGAAAUCGGAAGGCAAGGCUCUGGAAACUCACCAGUCGUCACCCAACGCGUAG